AUGAGAUCUCAGCUUCUCAGCGCCGCUGUGCGCGCCAAGGGUGCCUCAAGGGUGGCCUUCAACAGGAGCUUUGCUUCGUCGGCACGAAGACGAGCGAACAUGGUGAAGCUUACCAUCGAUGGAAAAGAGGUCGAAAUUGAGGCCGGAUCUGCUUUGAUUCAGGCUUGCGAGAAGGCGGGUGUUACGAUACCACGAUAUUGCUACCAUGAAAAACUCCUCAUCGCCGGAAACUGUCGUAUGUGCCUUGUCGAGGUCGAAAGAGCCCCCAAACCAGUAGCGUCAUGUGCAUGGCCUGUACAGCCAGGUAUGGUCGUGAAGACAAACUCGCCACUUACACACAAAGCAAGAGAAGGUGUGAUGGAAUUCCUACUGGCGAACCACCCUCUCGAUUGCCCUAUUUGCGAUCAAGGUGGCCAAUGCGAUUUACAAGAUCAGUCGAUGCGAUACGGUGGCGAUCGAGGCCGGUAUCACGAGGUUACUGGUAAACGAGCUGUCGAGGAUAAGAAUAUCGGUCCCUUGAUCAAGACUUCAAUGAACAGAUGCAUUCACUGCACAAGAUGUAUCCGAUUUGCGAAUGAGAUAGCUGGCGCGCCAGAACUUGGUUCUACUGGACGAGGAAACAACCUGGAAAUCGGUACUUAUCUCGAGCGCAACCUCGAUACUGAGCUUUCAGGCUGUGUGGCUGAUCUAUGUCCUGUUGGUGCUCUGGUACCUAAGCCAGGUGCUUUCAGCUUCAGACCCUGGGAAUUGGUCAAGACUGAGUCUAUUGACGUAUUGAACGGCAUGGGCUCGAAUAUCCGUGUGGAUGCCAGAGGCUUGGAAGUCAAGAGAAUUAUACCUAGACUCAACGAUGAUGUGAAUGAAGAAUGGAUCGAUGACAAGACCAGGUUUGCGAUGGAUGGCCUCAAGACACAACGUUUGACUACCCCUCUCAUCCGAAAGAAUGACCAAUUCCAGCCAGCGACGUGGGAACAGGCACUUGUUGAACUAGGAAACAAAUACAAAGAGCUCAAGGUUGGCGAGAACGAAAUACAGUUUGUCGCUGGCCACCUGAUGGAUACUGAAGCUCUCGUUGCCGCUAAAGAUCUUGCUAAUAACCUCAACUCGGAGAAUCUAGCACUUGACCAACCUGGUGGAUACAAGCCUAUCGCUCAUGGUGUCGACGUUCGAAACAACUACGCUUUCAAUACUAGAAUAUGGGGUAUCGAAGAGGCUGAUGCUCUCCUGAUCAUUGGUAGCAAUCCAAGGUGGGAAGCUGCUGUUCUCAAUGCCCGUAUCAGAAAGCAGUGGAUGAGAUCGCCACUCAAGGUUGGUUUCAUUGGCGAGGAUUUCGAAAGCACGUUCCAGUAUACCAAGCUGGGGGAGAACGCCAACGACGUCAAGAAGGCUCUUUCUGGAGAAUUUGGCAAGGUGCUCGCUGAGGCAAAGAACCCAAUGAUUCUUAUCGGAAGUGGUGUUACGGAACACGCAGAUGCCAAAGCUAUUUACGAGACCGUCGGUGCCUUCGUCGACAAGAAUGCCAACUUUAACACUCAGGACUGGAAAGGCUUCAACGUCUUACAGCGAGCUGCUUCGAGGACAGGCGCCUACGAGAUCGGCUUCACCGUACCGUCCAAGAAAGUCGCAGAGACCAAACCAAAGAUCGUCUGGCUUCUUGGUGCUGACGAGAUCGAUGAUAGGGACAUCCCUCGCGACGCUUUCGUCGUCUAUCAAGGCCACCACGGUGAGAAGGGAGCUCAACUGGCUGAUCUCAUCUUGCCAGGUUGCACAUACACCGAGAAGAGCGGCACAUACGUCAACACUGAAGGCCGAGUACAACUGACUAGACAAGCUGUGUCACUACCUGGUGGUUCUCGACCGGACUGGAAGAUCCUUCGAGCAGCAUCCGAGUAUCUCGGUGCACCACUACCAUACGAUGACAUCGAAGCUCUCCGCGAUCGAUGUGAGGAGAUCUCGCCUGCUCUCCGAAGAUACGAUAGCCUAGAGCACCAGUCUAUGGGCGCCCUGGGCAAGGUUCAGCUUGUGGACCAGAACAAGGGUUCGAAGAUUACAGGAACACUGCUGGAGAACCCGAUCAAAGACUUCUACUUGACUGAUGUGAUUUCCCGAAGUUCCGCAACAAUGGCGCGAUGCUCAGCUGUCAAGAAGGCUGGACCAUUUGCUCAUCCAGAGACAAACUUUAUGGCACCAGGUGAUCCUAAGCCACAAGUUAGUUACGGCUAA